AUGAGCAAGUCGGGUACUACGGCCUUCGCUUCCUCCGCAACGAACGAGCCUUACUCCAAGAUCUCCGGCGAUUUCAACCCUAUCCGCAUCAACCCCUACUUCGCAGACUUCGCCGCACUUCCGGGAACGAUCACGCAUGGCAUGCGGUCGAGCGCCGCUACAAGGGUGGAACACAUCAACGAGGACUCAAGACCGUUGGCGUGUGGAGCUACUGGCGUGGCACGGGCACGCACUCAGGAGCUUGAGGAUGUAUUCCUUCAUACGGCUGGUGUCUGA